AUGGUCACUCAGGUCCGCAUUGGAUAUGUGCCAGAGCACUACCUUCUCCCACUCCACCUAGCAGCUCAGAACGCGUUGUUCCCUCCGUCCUUAGAAGUCACCCUUGUCCCGUUUCCUGCGGGCACAGGACACAUGAUCCUCUCGCUACGAGCCAAAGAGAUUGACCUUGCCAUUGGCCUCACCGAAGGAUGGAUCGCAGGGCUCCUUAAUGACAGCGUUAAAACUCAAUCCGUGGAAGACAAAGGAUACUCAAUAGUGGGAUCGUGGGUGUCUACUCCGCUUCGGUGGGCCAUUGUGACAGGACGGAACCGUGAUGAUAUUCGCUCUGUUGCAGAUCUAAAACAACAUCGAAAGGUCGGUGUGAGUCGACUAGGCAGUGGCAGCCAUGUCAUGGCAUUUGUGCUCGCUCAACAGGAAGGUUGGUUAAAACAGAGCUCCGACACCAAGUCGGAGGACUUGGCCAUCGUGCCUCUUGGUCCUUUCAAGGAUCUUCGCGAUGGGAUGACCAGCUCAACGGCAGAUUUCUUCAUGUGGGAGCACUUCACCACAAAACCGUAUUUUCACGGAGCAGACAGUCCACUUAAGAAGAUUGGAGAGAUAUAUACGCCUUGGCCGUCGUGGCAUAUUGCAGCAUCAAGCUCGACAUUUCCUCCGUCUGGCCACUCAUCCAAUGAGACGCUGGGCCAAAUAUUCGAGGCAUUGGACAAGGGUAUCGCAAUGUUCAAUGGGUCGCCCGACCAGGCCGUACGAAUGCUAGGCACGGGAGAGGCUGGAUGUCAUUACUCGGAAGAUGAUGCGCGGGAAUGGCUCAAGGACGUCAAGUUUGUAGAUGGUACCAAAGGAGUGGACAAAAAGGUUGCGAGUUCAGUGGUGGAUGUGCUGAAAGGUGCCAACGUCAUUGGCCAGGCAGUUACGCUGGUCGACGGUGACGGAGUGGUGGGGAUUUCAAGGUAG